CUCCCAACUAUUCCCCGACUCGAGCAAGACAUGCAUAGCUAGCUAGUACAGUCGUAUGCAGCAGUGGACUGUGGUGGGUGGUGGCUACCGGUAGCUAAUUAGGUGGGGUGGUCGGAGGACGACUGUCCACUCCACACCGAAGCCCUGCCAAAAGAUUGUGUUUCCCGCCUUUCGCAAAGCUUGACAUCGGGCUAAGAGAAGUAAUCUGAGCAGCGGCCAAAGGAUCUCUUCGCGUCAUAUUCAACGGUACCGUUCCUCCUCCAGUUCGAGACUCUCACAAUAGACAACACAAAAGCAGCAAGACGAUGGGAGAAGUCCCCACCGCCCCUUUCGCCCAGGCGAAGCCUCUGGAUGACGCUGAAAUCUUUGUCCAGGCGCGACCUGUUCCAUUUGUCAUGCCGACGACAGCGGCACCAGUCAACCCAUUAUGCGCGCCAACAACCACGAGCCUUCAGUCUUCAGGGCGCUCACCGUAUCGGCUAAUUGGAGAUCACAGUGUGGCCCGGCUCAGAGGAGAAGGAUACACCAACGGCCUGAUCCAGACAUUGGCAGAACUGAAGCAAACCGUGGCGAAGCAGGUGUGGAUCGUAGAUGACUCGGGCUCUAUGCUCUCCUAUGAUGGCAAGCUAAUCCAAGGAGAAGGUCUUCCAAAGUUUACAAAGUGCACGCGUUGGGAAGAGCUACAGCAAACUGUCAUUGAACACAUCAAACUUGCAGGAGCCCUGCAGCUCCCGACCAGCAUUCGGCUUUUGAACCGCAAGGAGAGAGACCUCAACAUAUGUCUGAUACCUGGCAGCAAUGUCGAGCAUGACGUCGAGCACUGCGUGGACGUCUUGUGGAAGAGCGGGCCCAAUGCUGGCACGCCCUUGAAGCGCCACAUCGUGGAAGUUCGUCGUGACGUGGAGAACAGGAAAGGGGAGUUGGAGGCCGCGGGCAAGGUGGUCUCCAUUGUCAUCGCGACUGAUGGUCUGCCCACGGAUGCUUCCCACGAAGAUUUUGUGGAUGAGCUGAGGAGAUUCAGAGACCUACCGGUGAGGAUCGUCAUCCGCCUGUGCACCGACGAGAACGAUGUCGUGCAGUAUUAUAAUGAGUUGGACAAAGAACUCGAGUACUCUGUCGAUGUCAUCGACGAUUUCCGAGGAGAAGCGGUGGAAGUGGCAAAGAUGAACCCAUGGUUGAACUAUGGGCUGCCGCUGCACCGCGUCCGAGAGAUGGGGAUGAAACACAGAGUCAUUGACCUGUUAGAUGAACGGGCUUUGUCCAAGAACGAGUACAAACUGCUGUGUUCGAUUCUUUUCGGAGAGGAAGCCAUGCUCCAAGCACCAAACCCGGCGAGAGAGUGGACAGCUUUCGUUGGCUAUGUGGGCGCUCUGCAAAAGGAGGAACAACAUCAGUGGGAUCCCAUCACAGCAACUGCAAAACCUUGGGUUGACUUUGGUGCUAGGAAAGGAAAAUCCAAAGUCCUUAAGGCCAAGCGAAUGGAUGCCUCGGCUCCCCUGUUCGGUUGCUUUGGCUGGUGACAGCGUCCAAGCGGUACCGUACAACUGUACUAGUGGCUAGCCAUGUGACAACUAGCUAGCGGUAAUGUAAAAACUUGAAACAGAAACGAAGACCGUGAAUAUGUUGAAGGAGAAUCUUAAAAGUUUUAUGUAAUAUGACAAAGUAUUUAUGUUC